GGCGCCCAGCAUCCCGCUGCCCCGGACUCAACCGCGGGUGCGCACCGGGCUCAACUCAGGCUCAGGACUGCAGGUGGACAUCCACUGCCCAGGAAUCACUGAGUGUGGACAGGACAGCCUCUUUGGAAGGCCAGCUAUACUGGAGUUCUGCCUCGGCAUGGGCCUUGCCAUCGAGCCAGCCCCGUGGUCUGUGCUGGUCUGAGGGUGCUGCCUGUCAUGGGGGCAGCCAUCUCCCAGGGGGCCCUCAUUGCCAUCGUCUGCAACGGCCUUGUAGGCUUCUUGCUGCUGCUGCUCUGGGUCAUUCUCUGCUGGGCCUGCCAUUCCCGCUCUGUGGACAUCGACUCUCUCUCCGAAUCCAGUCCCAACUCCAGCCCUGGGCCCUGUCCUGAGAAGGCACCCCCGCCCCAGAAGCCCAGCCAUGAAGGCAGUUACCUGCUACAGCCCUGAAGGCCCCUCACCUAGCCUGGAGUCUGGGGCCUAAGUCUGCCCCACUCAGAGCCUGGAAUCAGGAUCCCAGGGUCUAGCCAGCCUGGGGUCCAGAACCCAGAGUCUAGCCUGUCUGGAGCUGGACCUGGCAGCCCAAAGUCUAGCCAGUCUGGCUCCAUGAGGCACUCUGGUGGCCCUGGUAGACAGGCAUGGGGUGGGGGUUCAUGAGUUGGUGCUAGGGCCAGGGCCAUCUCGACUCUGCUCCAUACUGAGGGCCAGGGACUGGGGCCACCUCUCCCUAGGCCACUUGCCUCCAGGCCCUUGAGGUUGGGGAAGCAAACUGGAAUCCAUGGCAAUAACGGGAGGACGUCCCGGCUGGGCCCCUCCUCGGGUCCUCCCACUGUUUGUUGGAUAAUAAAUGGAACUAUGGCUCUA